AUGGUGGACGCAGCGCUGGAGGAUGCAGAAGCGGAGACGCAGUUGCCACUGACGGAGGACAAGGUGCCGGUGUGCUGUGACUGCGGCAAGGGCGACGUUAAGUACCGCUGCCCCCGUUGCGAGCGCAUUACGUGCUCGCUGCAGUGCUGCGUGGCACACAAAAAGCAGUUUGAGUGCAGCGGUAAACGUGACCGAACCAAGUACGUGGAGUUAAAAAAGUUCACGGACGCAGAUCUGUCCAGCGGUAAGUGGCGACCCACUCGGUUACUGUUGAUAGAUUGUACUGACUUAGAGGUAUACCGCUCUACUAAUAGCGCAGCUCGGUCUCGGAACCAGUUGAAUGUCAACGCGCGGCGCUAUACGAGCAACAAGAAAAGAAAAGUGGCAACUGAUGCUGGCAGUUCAUCAGCUCCGAUCAAUCCUGACAUUCCGGUGGACUGGUUAGCACGUUUCCCGAUCGCCGUGCAGCUGUUUGCAGAGCACUCGGCUAAGCGAGGCGUGACAUUAACGCUGCUCGCUCCCGGCAUGAGCAAGCGUGCACGUAACUCAUCUUAUAUGGAUACGAAGAAGAACACAAUGUACUGGCGUGUAGAGUGGACGUUUCCCAGCGCUGAAGUCCCAGUGAGUCAUUUCGAGGAGCGAGCGAAUGAAAAGGAGACCUUGUUCACGCUACUCGGCAACUCAACAAAUAUGCCGUACCCGACUGGGAGAAGCACAUGGUGCUCCUAUUGCGAAAAGAGUUCACUCCAGCAUCGCAGCCGCAGUACUACCGGCUGGACGGUAGUCAGAGUCUUGCAAGUAAUUUGA